AUGCCACCUCACACCCAAGUAAUAGCAACUGCCCAUUCCCUCGCCGACCCAGAGUCCUUCUGGAGCUAUCACGCAACUAAGCUCCAUUGGCACCGCAAGCCAUCACGCGCCCUGACACGCCACACCAAAACUCUCCCCAGUGGAGUAUCCCACGAGCAUUGGUCGUGGUUUGCCGACGGCGAGAUCUCCACCUCCUACAAUUGCGUCGAUCGCCACGUCCUCGCAGGCCACGGCGAUAAUGUAGCCAUAAUAUGGGAGUCGCCCGUUACGGGAUCGACAGAGACAUACACUUACGCCCAGCUCCUGGACGAGAUCGAGGUUCUUGCAGGAGUUCUGAGAGAGGAAGGGAUUAAGAAGGGCGAUGUAGUCAUCAUAUACAUGCCCAUGAUCCCCGCCGCCCUAAUAGCCUCACUAGCCAUAACACGCCUAGGCGCAAUUCACGCCGCCGUUUUCGGUGGUUUCGCCCCACAAUCCCUAGCCCAGCGCAUCGAAGCCGCACGCCCACGCGCAAUACUGACCGCUUCAUGUGGCAUCGAGGGUAGCAAGGGUCCCAUUGCAUACAGACCACUAGUAGAAGGCGCCAUAAACGCAAGCAAGUUUAAGCCUAGCAAAGUGAUCAUCUGGCAGCGCGACCAGUUGCGCUGGAACCAUCCUGAUAAACGAAACGGACAGCGGAAUUGGCAGAGGCUUGUUAAGAGUGCACGGGGACGGGGAAUCAAGGCGGCCACUGUUCCUGUUAAGGGGACGGAGGGGGUUUAUAUCAUCUAUACUAGUGGCACAACAGGGCUGCCAAAAGGCGUCCUCCGCGAAGCAGGCGGCCACGCCGUAGGCCUAGCCCUUAGCACGAAAACUCUCUUUAACAUCAAGGGACCUGGCGAUGUGAUGUUCUGCGCAUCAGAUAUCGGCUGGGUAGUAGGCCAUUCCUACAUUCUAUACGGACCACUGCUAGUAGGCGCAACGACUAUCCUCUAUGAAGGAAAGCCAGUAGGAACACCAGACGCGGGCAUAUUCUGGCGAUUAAUCGAGAAACAUAAAGCUAAUGUGCUGUUCACGGCGCCGACUGCCAUGCGUGCCAUGCGCAAGGAUGAUCCCGAGAACGCUUUUAUCGAGGAGGUUGGAGGUAGGGGUGGGCUGAGGUCGCUAAGGGCUCUAUUCCUCGCCGGUGAGCGCAGCGAGCCGUCCAUUGUGAAUGUUUAUCAAAAGCUGCUUGGAAGGUUUGGAGCAGACGGUGCUACUGUUGUUGAUAAUUGGUGGUCUUCGGAGUCUGGGUCUCCUAUUACCGGGUUGAUGCAGAAUUCCCGGGGUGCUAUUAUUUCUUCGAGUUCGAGUUCUGAUGCAGAAGGCGAAGGACAUGAACAGGGACAGGUUGGGGAUGAAAAAUCUCUUGCUCUCCGUCCUGGAUCGGCUGGGUUGCCGUUACCUGGGUUUGAUGUUCGCGUUGUCGACGACGAGGGCAAUGAGUUGUCAUCUGGCACGAUGGGGAAUAUCGUCCUGGGACUACCGCUUGCUCCGACAGCAUUUACCAAUCUAUUCAUGGAAGACGAGCGCUUUUACCACGGGUAUCUGAAAAGAUUUGAUGGACGGUGGGUUGAUACCGGUGAUUCGGGGAUGCUUGAUGGAGAUGGCUAUUUGCAUGUUAUGUCAAGGUCCGAUGAUAUCAUUAAUGUUGCAGCGCAUAGACUUGGGACUGGUACAAUUGAACAAGCAAUCCUCUCCCACCCCGCAAUCAGCGAAGCCGUGGUAAUUGGCCUUCCAGAUCCAGUCAAGGGCCACCUGCCCUUUGCAUUCAUCCAACCUAAAACAGGAUACAUACCGGAAAAGAGCACACCUCCAUCCACCGCUGGUGGACAUGAUAGCCAUCUUCCAGCAAAACCAAGCGAGAAACUCUUCACAGAAGUGAAUACCCUCGUGCGCGAACAGAUCGGCGCCAUUGCGUCGCUGGGUGGGAUGAUUCAGGGCCGAGGUAUGUUGCCUAAGACCAGGAGUGGGAAGACCCUUAGACGGGUUCUGAGGGAGCUUGUUGAGUUGGCUGUGAAGGGGGAUUAUGAGGGCUUUGUCAAUGUGCCGCCUACGGUUGAGGAUGGGGAUGUUGUUGAUGUUGCUAGGGGGAGGGUGAGGGAGUAUUUUGAAGGGAGGGCUGAAAAAGCGAGGCUUUAG